AGGCGCUGCAGUGUUGGUGGCGUAGCUGUUGUUCAGGCCUCGUUGCUGCGCAAGUAAAAGCGAAUAAAACCCGCGUUUCUCAGCGAGAAAGAUUUCAAUCAAAGAAACGAUUUUAACUGUAAAGUUGAAUUAUAAGUCGUUAAUCGUCAUCAUUUAUAAUAUGUCUCGCUAUAUGAGGCCGCCGAACAGCUCACUGUUCGUCCGAAACAUCUCCGACGAGUCCCGGCCAGAGGACCUGCGCAGGGAGUUCGGCCGAUACGGGCCCAUUGCAGAUGUCUACAUUCCUCUAGACUUCUAUUCACGCCGACCCAGAGGAUUUGCAUACAUUCAGUUUGAAGAUGUACGAGAUGCGGAAGACGCCCUGCACAAUCUGGACAGGAAGUGGGUGUGCGGACGACAAAUCGAGAUCCAGUUUGCUCAAGGGGAUAGAAAGACGCCCGGUCAGAUGAAGACCAAGGACCGAGACUCACCCCACAGUUCCUCUCGAGACAGUCGUCGCAGGCGCUCACGCAGUCGCAGCUACGGUAGACGCAGAUCACGCAGCCCAUCUUACGAGAGACGCAACCGAAGAUCGGAAAGCCCCAGAGAGUCGAGAGGAAGAGCACGCAGCAGACGCAGUCGAGAGGAUGAGAGGCACAGACCAUCUGCCCGUGACCAGCGACGCUCACGUGGAGACGCCCACUCACGCAGCCGGAGCCCCUCCCACUCUAAACCCAGAGGUGGGCGCAGAGAGUCGGAUGUUGGCCGUUCCAGGUCCAAAUCCAUCAGCCCGCAGGAACGGAACAAUUUUCACACAGAGAAACCGGAUGCUCCCGACAAGUCCCGUGCACGCUCGCCGUCACGCUCUCGCUCCAGGUCUCGCUCGCGCUCUUGGGCAGGCCGCAAGUCUUGGGGUCAUUAGAGCGCUUGCGAGCUGCCGAUGACAUCAGACAUCUGUUGUCAUGGCAGAACAGAUCCGUUCAUUAUUUUGGGUGUAGAUUAAAGCGUGUUGUAGGUUGCAGCUGUCUCUGCAAGUAAAUUAUUUUUUUAUAAGGUUUAAUAAAGGUAUUCAACCUGCAGGCAGUUUUAGCAAACAUCAAAACGUCAGUUUAUGGGCUGCAGAAGAUUAGCCAGAAAUGUUCAUGCUAACAUUGAAGUGUGUAAUGUUAAAGAUGGUUUAGUUUACGAGCGCAUCGGAGACGUGGUGCAGAAUACAAAGGUGUAAAUUGCUUUCAAUAUUUUUGUAUGAAGUUUAGUUUUAGUUGACCAUAUAAAACUGUCUUCCAUGAACGUGACACGUGUUUUAUUGAGAUCUGCAGACCUUUUACAUGUAACCUCAACAUUAAAUAAAAUUCUCAUGCAAA